ACGUAAUUGCAUCAUGGCGGAUCAGCAGUGAUAACAGAGGAGGCACUUUCUGUUCGCACCUGUUAGUGUUUGUCUGUUUAAUUUCAUGUAAACGAGCUGCUGACAGACGGAGACAGAGGUUGUGGUGAGAAGUUGUGUUUCUGUGUCCCUAGUUGCCCUGUUGUGUGUCGCUAGUUGCCCUGUUGCUGUGUCGCUAGUUGCCCCGUUGCCCUGUUGCUGGUCGGACAUGUGCACUCAGACUAAAGCUGCCGCCCUCAUGGCGAACCUCCCUCCGGCUGACAUCGACCCGUCCGGAGUCUUCAAAUACGUCCUGGUCCGAGUCCACAGCCGGGAGGAGGGAGACGAUUCGGAGGUGGACGUGGUCCGAGGAUACGGCUGGGCGGAGUACCACGCUGAUAUUUACGACAAGGUUUCAGAAGAGCUGGAAAAAAGCGGAGACCUGGACUGUGAGUGUAUCGGAGGAGGAAGAAUCAAACAUGAUCCUCAGGCCAAGAAGAUCCACGUGUACGGAUACUCCAUGGGAUUUGGACGAGCAAACCACGCAGUGUCAACUGAGAAACUCAAGGCUCGCUAUCCAGACUAUGAGCAGCUCUGUUCCGGACAACCGCCGAACUGUAAACUGCUUAGAUUACAGCAAAUGAACCUGGUCAUCCUGAAGACAUCCGCUAGUUAGCCUAGCUACAUCAACAGUGGAAAAUGAUACUGUCCACAAACUCAAAAAGUGUUUUUACACGUUAAUAGCUGUUGCUAGCAUGUUGCUAGCAUGCUAGUUGCCAGUAUAUAUAAAGAAAAAAACUAAAGUUGCAUUCAUAUUUAGGUCCAGAAGUUGAAAUUAACACAAUUUUCUUUACAUUUUCUGUCAUUUUGCCAAGAAGUGGUUUUUGAGGAAGUAGUAUCUGAAACUGUCCCUAAAUGGCUAAUUUUAAAAUUCAGAAAACAAAAUAUGUGAAAUACACAAGAUAGAGGCAGCUGUGGAAUAUACAUAUGUGUGUGUUUUCUCACUUUUGGAGCAAGGCUAGCAGUUUCUAGUUUUUCUAUGUAGUUGUAGUCUUUAUGCUAAGCUAGCCAAGGCAUUUAUCUUAUGGAUAUUUACUCACGAAAUAGAAUUAUUUUGUCUGUGAGUUUUAGUUGGUUUUCUGUUGAUUGAAUAGAUUUUUGUCUAGGAGAUGUUUUUGUGUUUGACAAAGUGAUGUGAUAUUUAAUUACAUUUUACCAAAAAGUCGA